AUGGAUGUCAAAAAGCCCUUGCGUGCCAAAAAGACGAUGACUCCAAGCGCCCGAAAGCAAGUGAAGAUGCUGCGUGAAAUGAAGGCUGUCCAAGCAGCAGAAAAAAUGGCAAAUAGUACCUCCGUUGUGUAUAAUCAUGUUCAUUUAAAAAGGGCUGAAACAAGUGGCUUAAGUCAGAACUCUCUGAAAGAACCUAACCUUCAACCAAAAUCAAAAGAAACUCUGUUGCAACCUCCAACAUUAAGGGAGCCCCUAACCAAUUUAGUUGUUAAUUCUGAAAUGAAGGCUGUCCAAGGAGCAGAAAAAUUGGCAAAUGGUACCUCCGUUGUGGAUAAUCAUGUCCACUUAAAAAGGUCUGAAACAAGUGGCUUAAGUCAGAACUCUCUGAAAGAACCUAACCUUCAACCAGAAUCGAAAGAAACUCUGUUGCACCCUCCAACAUUAAGGGAGCCUGUAACCAAUUUAGUUGUUAAUUCUGAAAUCAGUAUUUAUAACAGUCGUCGUGAAGGAUCCCAAGAUCUUCCCUACAAGGUUUGCACUGAAGACUCUGAUUUGGAGCAAUUUCUGAAUGCUGGAGCCUUACAGGAUCUACUGUAUUAUUACCUUCAAAAAGAACCCAGUUCCUCGUCGCAUAAGCCGGUGGAAGUACACUUGAACUCUGAGCCGCUUGCCCAGCUUUCUGGCCAGUCGGAACAUGAGCUUUCAGUGACUUCUCCUAUGCGCGAGAUCCCUGCCUUAGAAAAGGUAACUGAAAUAAAAGAUGAACCACUUGUUAAGCAAACCAUGCCAGUAUUGGAACAGGAAGGCGACAGAUUCCAGUUGCUUGAGAAAAAUACUAAUUCUUCAGUACGGCCAGGUAAUCAUUUUUUUAAAUUAUUGUUUUUACAAUCAUUAAGAUAGUGUAUCCUCUCAGGGCAAUGUAGAGUAAAUGUAACUAAAAGAGCUAAACACAAAGAACGGUAGAUAAAUUUGAAAUUGGGGGGGGGUGGAAUACAAAAUAGGAUACUCAUAACAGAGACUCAUUCAUCCAGCUGGGAGAAUCGUUAGAACAAAAAUGUCUUUGGUUGUUCCAGAAGGUCAGAUAAUGGACGCCUGUCUUACCUCAUUACGGAUGUAGGGCUGGGUGAUAUAUCAUCCAAAACCGGCUUGAAGUCCAUAUUGUGAUACUGGCUUCGUAGUUUUUGACCUGACAAUACAUUAUGAAUCACGGUGUGUGCGCUAUGGAAAAAUCAGUGUGGGAAAAACCAUGAAGGCUGCCUUGUGUCACCAUAGCCACUUCCUGUCCACAAUGCUCACUAUUCACAUGGAAUACAGCUCAAGAAAUCGUUGCUUAAGCUUUAGAAGACCAGAUUUUGUUGCUAAAUGGUGGCCACUUGCAAAAUUUCCCUCCUGUUGCCUCUUUCCAAGAGUGAGUGUGAUGCUAGUUUGAGGUGGUUGCAGAAGACACUGUGCAGUUCAUUUUAAUCCAACUCUGAUUCUAUGAUUCUAAUUGCUUAACUUCAGAGUGUUGGCGUGACUGAGAUUACAGUACCAUUUCAGGCCCCAUUCAUUUCUGCAGAAACUAGAAAACUGCAGCCUUCUUUAAAGUUUGAACCCUUCUUACAUAACUCUGCUCCAAAGCUUUCAGGGGGGUGGGUAGGUGUUUGCUCUUGGCUUGUAUGGGAUUUUUUAAAAUAUAACUUACUGCAAAAGUUGCCUACUUCUUCAAAAACUAGAGCGAAAAACUUAUUGCAGUACUGAUUCGGCUUCACAAAAAUCUGUUGCAGUGCAUUGCUGAUGUGAUAUAGUGGUUAGAUUGUCCGAUUAGGACCUGUGAGACCAGACUUUAAAGCUCACUGGGCCACUUUGGGUCAGUUGCUGUCCCUCGGCUUAACCUACAUAGUGUUGUUAUGAGGAUAAAAUGGGGAGGGGGAGAACCAUGUACUCCUUGGACAGAAAAGUGGUAUAUAAAUGUUGUAGUGGUAGUAGCAAUGUUUUCCGGAUUUCUUAGGGAAUCCCUUCUGUCUCCUCAAAGAUGGGGCUCCGAGGAAAAGGAGAAUUUCAGAAACUAAUGAAGGCACCCUUUCCAAAUGCAUCAAGAAAUCCGAUGAAGCCGGAAAGGUUUGCGACAAAAGCUCAGAGAAAAGACAUAUUGCAUUGGAAAAGGUGAGUUGCCUUGUAUGAGAAGUCACUGCAGUCGUGCUGAAAUAAUGAAAUUAAAGCAGGGUUGAGAAUGGAAAACUGUUCUGGGUGUGUGGCUUGUGCUGUUCUGGUCAUCCUAAGUGUGCUCUUGGACUGAUUUUUUUUUUUAAAAAAUGCCAGGACUGAAAUGUCUUGAUAGUUUUGAGUUGUUCAUUUCAGCCUUGCGUAACUACUGCUAGUUUUGUUUUGAUAGCUCACUUCAAGCCCCCCUGGGGCUGGACAAGUCCAAAGGUAAUGCUGCACGUGGCAGUGAUGUUGCUGUGUAAAUUGGGGUUGGGAAUCUCCCAGCAAACUUAAGCCUUGCAUCAGGGCUGCCAGCCCAGUUCUAGUCCUGGAUGCAGCCAGUUCCCUCCGUUUCUAGCCUGUUCCGUUCUGAAGGCUCAUGAGUAACAAAUGAUUUUUAUUUCUUAACUAAAACUGUUUAAUCAAAGCUUUAUUUUGCUGUCUGAUCCAGGGGCUACCAAGUAUUUCUAGUAGGCAUUAUUAUUAUUAUUAUUAUUAUUAUUAUUAUUAAUUGAAUUUAUUCCCUGCCCUUCACCAUCAGGUCCCACACAAUUAAGAAUAGUUAAAAGCACAUUACAGUCACAAGAAUGUGGUCGGUUCUGAAAACGCACAUCUCCACCUAAAGAGGUGUGUUUUCAUUUGCCCAAAGCAAAGUUGUUAUCCCUGAACUAUGGCCCUUUCCCACUGAAAUGCACAAGGAAGUGCUGUAGCCCAGUUCAGAAUGUGCCUUUCUGCAUUUUAUACUUUUGUCUGUAUUUCUGUUCCUCUUAUUCUUUCGCUUUUCAGUUAACCAAAGCAGCACCAUCAGUAAUAAGCAAAGAGGGCACAUAGCUCUCCUAGACCCCAGUAACAGAGCUUAUAGGCUGAUACCAUGUCAAUUAGAGACAGACCAGAGCCGGUGGAAGAUGAUUGACAACUUGAUAAGAUAAAGGGAGUUUUAGGUAAACAACUCCAAAUAUGGGGUGUCCAAUUGGAAGCCCAGAUAAAGAGUCCAUGAAUAUUGCAGAGAUAAGGGCACGAGAGCAUGUAUUCUGAAUGCUAUAUAGAUGCCUUGAAUUAUAUACAGUGGUACCUUGGUUCUUAAUCCGUUCCAAAACCAAAGCAUUCCAAAACCAAGGCGCGCUUUCCCAUAGAAAGUAAUACAAAACAGAUUGAUCCAUAAAAUGAAAAUAAUCGAUGUACUGUACUAUAAAAUAAGAAAGUAUUGUAGAUAAAAGUACUGUAAAAUUAAAAUGAUGAUAGUCAUUAUUUGGAGGGCCUGCAAGAUAGAGCUUAUUCCACCUGGCCUUUGGUUUGGACUCAGUCUGACCCUUAUGUUUUCCCUCCCCUUACGGUUUUUGAUCUAUGGGCUACUUUUAAAAUGAGGCUGCAUUUUAAAUUGCAUUUUAACCUGUAUUUUAAAUUAGUCCCCCCCCAUUAUGUUUUUUAUUGUAAUUUUACUGGUGUUAGCCACCCUGAGCCCAGCUCUGGCCGGGGAGGGCGGGGUAUAAAUAAAAUUAAUUUAUUAUUAUCCAUUUCGGCAGUCACACAAUCAGCUGAACUGGGUUCCACAUAGUCACAAAAACAAAUGAACUGAAAAAGCCACAAAAACGCAAAAUAAAUAGCAAAACCAAAACUGCCAAAUACAAUGGUACCUUGGUUCUUUAACUUAAUCCGUUCCGGAAGUCCAUUUGACUUCCGAAAUGUUCAAAAACCAAGGCUUGGCUUCUGAUUGGUACAGGCACCCUGGAAACAAUAGCUGACAGCCGCACCGGACGUUCGGCUUCCAAAAAACAUUUGAAAACUGGAACACUCCACUGGGACUUCCGACACGCCUUUCCCUUGAUUGGGAAAGGACCAGUCAUAAUUUUCAGAGCUUCCUUUUAAAGGGUAACAGUGCCCGGGUGUACGCGGUAGUUGGCAUUGGAUUGUACAUUAAGAACUGUCUCUACCUGAUCCUGGACAAGAAUUUCCCCAGUUAUUUCGGGGGGGGGGGGGAGAGACAGCUGCAUCUACACCCUCCUGCGUGGCAGAGGAGGGUGUCUAUUCAUACAGAAGUCCUUAGCCCAAAUCCAAAUAGCUGCUUGAGGCAUCUGCAUUUUAGCCUCUUCAAUUACAUGGCGUGGAACACGCUUUCAGCAGAGAUUUUGCAGGUACCCUCGCUUUUGACUUUCAGACUUAUUUAAGCUGGCAGGCCUUUAUCACAGUUUUAAGUUUGUUUGUUUGAUCAGCCAGUCUUACCUUAAUGAUUAUCUGCAGCUUAAUUGUUUAUUUUUUUUAAAUGGUGUUUGUUUUAUGCUAAGGAUGAUGUGAUGCUAAUGAACCGCUUCAGUUAAUCAAAAUCCACAAGGACUUUUGCACAUGACUUUGGGCAGCUUGACCUCUGGAUUUACGUACGCAUCAUUUUAAAAAAAAGUAUUCCAUGUAUUCAAGCAACCCGGGUGCAUGGAGUUUGUUGCGUGGCUCUUUGGAUCCCAGCCUGGGUGAAUGUUGGAUGCCCAUGAAGCUGUGGUUCGGGGUGAGCAACGGAAGGUGUUGCAGGAAAGUUUUAUUUGUGUUGGAGUUGUUGCUUACUGCCAUGCAAAAGGUGCUGUGCGUCGAGUCAGAGCUUUUAAAACUUCCCGCUUUCUAAGAAUUUCUUGAUUUAAAGGGUGCAUGCUUAUAUGUGUUGUCCCCCCCCCCCCAUUGUAGGUCAAAUGCUUUAUUCAAAGUCAGCUGGACAAGUCAAUGAAAACCUUGGAUCACAGGCUCGAACUUCUAAAGCAAAGAAUCGACCACACGCAGUGCCUCCGGAAGCAUGAAGCGAUAGCUAUUAAAAUUGUAGUAAGGCAAUGUUCCAUUUUAAAAGCCUUGUCUGUCAGUCAUGGUUUAAUACAUGAAAAUUAUAGGACACAAACUUGUGCAUAUGCACAAGCAGGUUUUUUAUUUUAUUUUACUGGAGCCUGUCGUGUCUCUAAGAGGCUGGCAUCAGAAGCUGGUGUUAUCAGGCAUUUGCCAAGGCCCAUAUCCCGACAAGAGGUUCUUUGAUGACCUCUGGCUCUGCUUUUCCUCCCUGCUGUCACUGCCUGUCCCUCUGCCUUCUCUGAGUGUUCAGUGGCAGGAGCAAGGCAGAAGAGGAGGGAGCAUUUUGCCAAGGGCCCCUGCAAAACCUGGAGCCAGCACGUUAUAUAUCUGUAUAUAGAAAUAUGGCCCAUAAGUCACGUGUUGUAGAGAUCCCACUGCUGGCUGCUGUUAGACUUGUCAGUUUAACCCAUGGUGUACAAAUGUCUGACACCUUGCAUGCAGCUGAGACCCUCUACUUGGCAUGUUAAAGUGGCACAGGAAAGGGUGCUGGCCUGCCAGGGUGGCUGAGGGAUGCAAAGAGGACUUAAGGGGGAGGGAGUUUUAGGAGUGGGCAGUUCAGGAGCAGAGGGUUAAAGAAGUAAGGCAGAGAAGGGAGCAGUAAGUCAGGGAAGCAACACUAAGGAGGAACAGAGAGCAAGUGCAAAUAAACCUCUUUGUAUGGCAAAGAGGGUAGCAGAGUCUCUUUGUGGUUGCCAUAAAAGGGGUGAGAGGAAGGGAUGAUAGACUUGCAGCUGGCGCAAGCAGUUUGGUGGUGGGAUUCCUUUUCAGACACUAGGAAAAGGGGAAGUAGCAACUCGGGACAUUCCGUCAGAUUUGUUAGAAGCCAUUGGUCAUUGCAAAAACACAAAUGAUGUUAGAAGUACAUCCUUGAGCCUACUAGCCAAACCCUUAGCUCCAGAUAUUUAGAGUUGCUUCAGUGCAACUGUGAAUGUUGCUCCCCUUGUUCUAAAGUUUUUCUGCAGGCCAAUGCAAGCUCUUCUUUCUCUUUCUCUUGCAGAAGAAAAUCUCUAGGCUUGACAGACGCAUUGAUGCUGUAAUAACAAGCCAGAAGAGAGAAUCAUCUAGAAAAGUAAGCAUGCUACAGCACUAUACAGUGGUACCUCGGGUUAAGUACUUAAUUCGUUCCGGAGGUCCGUUCUUAACCUGAAACACCACUAGCUAAUGGGGCCUCCUGCUGCCGCCAGAGCAUGAUUUCUGUUCUCAUCCUGAAGCAAAGUUCUUAACCUGAAGCACUAUUUUUGGGUUAGCGGAGUCUGUAACCUGAAGUGUAUGUAACCCGAGGUACCACUGUAUUAUACUACAACACUCCAUCAUCGACAGAAACAACUAUUGCUAAGCCAUUUUCCCAGUGUCUUAAUUCUCUUGAGCUCAGAAACUGCUGCAGUGCCUCAAGGUGACCAGUGCAACACAGUCAUAUGCAUGCACUGUAAUACCAUAUGUGUUUGAGUAUGACUGGUUAGGCGUGCAGAAGGGAAUCUGCAAUGGAUUCUGCGCCUUGAAAAAGAAGUUCUGGCUUCACUUCCUAACAGAGUGCCUGACAGGCCACUGCAGGGAGGUUGGAAUUUUAAAAUGUGAAGGGGUUGAGUUGCCUUCUAGGGAAACUAGCAGUGCAGCAGAUGACAACAACAAAGCCUUUAUUUAUUUUUUGUGGUGGAGUAAGGCUUUAUCUUUCCAUCUUUAGACAGCCGGGUUUUAAGAACAGUGGAGAGCAGCUCCUGUGUCGGCUUUCACAGCCGCAGUUCCCGAUGUUCUUCACAGACAAACUGAAUGAAGCAGUGGUCUGUGGGGACCCAUGAUCUAAUGGGUUUAAGUCAAAAGUUUCAGGUGAGCCUCAGGAAAAACUUCUUGACAGUGGGACCCAGAUGCUUACUGAUGGGGAACAGAAAUAAACUUUAGUCAGCAUGUGAGAGAACACAACAGUUACACUGGCUUUAAUACCAGCAAGAAGAAGAUGCUUCCUUUAUGAAGGAGCCGGAUUAGUCAUACUGGAAUAUGUGGAAUAGCACAGUGUACAAGUUAUUUUUUUCUCUUUCCUUCCCAGGCCCUCCCUACAAGACCACCUUUGCAAAUUGAAAUAAUAAAUUGCCGCAGCCCUCAACAUGGCAAUGCAAACAGCAUGUCAGCACUGUCAAAAGAGAAGCCAUCCAAUCUUAACAAAACUAUCCCUAAAAACACAGAAAGGUAAGUCUCCCCAUCAACAUGGCAGCUGUCCUUGUUCAUUUGCUGCAUGCUUGGGAAGUGCAAGUAUUGGUCCAUGAAAAGCAGGCUUACAUUACUGUUCUCUGCAUUUAGCAACACACGUGCUAUAACGCCUACUUCCCCCAUUAUUCAUUUCACAAGUAAGACUUUGUUGCCUUAAGUGGAGGGGCUGGGUUCUUUUACAUUUUUGCACAAUCUAUUUUGCAUUCUUUUUUUUAAUCAGCUCUGAAGACAUUAUAUGCCUUUCUUGGGGGAAAAAAAGCUCAGACGUGGGAACAGUGAAUCCUACAGGUACAUGAAACUAAAUUCUCCUUUCCCCUAUUUUAAAAGAAACUUUUCAACAGUAUGAGUCUUGUUUCGCAGCUGAUUAUUAGGUUAUGUGUUAUAUAUGCACACCAUCUGCAAAGGACAAUUAGCAUGGUUCGAGAGGCGGAAUAAUACUCUUUCAUAGAAUUGUAGAGUUACGUGGUACUUGUAAGAGUGUAAGUCCCAUUGAUUGCCUCGUCAACCGCAUUAAUCCUUUGACUCAGCUUGGCUCUCAAACUUGGCGGGCAGCUCCUGGGCAAAAUUGCAGAUUCAUUUGGACAUAAUUUGAUGCCAGAGUUUGGCAAUAUGUGAUUGAGCUCAGAAAGAAGACACGUCAUGGUACAUCUGCAAAACCAGAUGCCUUCAUCUGCCCCACCAGCAGUAAAGCACGUUUCUCCUAUAUUGGUCUCUACAGACAAAGCAGGCACUGUAGCUCUCCAAUGGUUUGACUUUAUCCCGGAUGGUGCACUCUUCCAUUGUUGCAAAUCUGAUUGCCCAUUCCAGAUCCAAUUUAGCAGAUUGGUGAAGGCUCUGUGGCAAGACCACCUGGAAGAAUUCUACCUUUAUAAUUUCUAUAGAACCAUAUAUCCUCAUGAUGAUUUUUAUAUAUCCAUGUAUCCUAAUGAUGCUUAAAUCACUAAGGCUUCAGUAGGGCUAGAAGUGCCUAAAUCUCAGUUUCCCUUUGCCCUAUUUCUCCCUGCCCUGCUAUUGUGCUUGAAGGAAACAAUAAAUCUGAUGUGUUGGCGUUUCCUAUAGGGAACCUUUCCCAGACUGUUUCUCAUGCUCACAAGGUGGAGGGUGAGAUGGAGGAAAUGGGAAAGAGAAGUCAGCCACAGAAUGCAAUGUUCUAGUCAAUAAAAGAUGGCGGGGUUACUCAAGCUUCAACGGUCGAAUAGGUUUCUUUUCCUCUUUAUAGCUGAAAAUUAGGGUAAAGGGCAUCAUGAUGCACAAUAUUGGAAAAGCAGAACUAUUCUUUACAUGGGCAUAGGAAGGGCUUUGCCCCGCUCAUUGGCUUGAUUUUGCUGCACUAUGUAAUGCCUAACACUGUAAUCAGGUAUAUAAACCCAAAGCCCAAGGGGCUCGGGUACCCAGGCUCUGGAAAGUAUUCCACUGGGUCUUUAUUGCUUAGCAAUAAACUUUGCCUUCUUUUUCUCCACCGCUGCGUCUGUCGAUUCUUGGACACAUUUUGAGUGGGCAACAGGUAUUCCUUAUAUGCUUGCAACAGCUCCUGCAGAGGGAAGCCAUGAUCUUUUGUCAGACGAGUUCAAGCGUUUUAAAAUUUUCACUUCUGUCAAAUUCCCUUAGGUAUUCAGCAGAAAGAAAUGUCUGUAAAUGCCUCUACUUCAGCUGAAACUCCAUGCAACUCUAAGGUCAGCUUUAACAACUCUUACCCCACCCCACCCCGUCCAUAGAAUUGUAGAGUGGGAAGAGACCCCAAAGGUCAUCUAGUCCCCCCAAAGGUCCACCCCCUUCCGAGGCAGUCCAUUCCACGGUCAAACAGCUCUUGCCAUCAGAAAUGACUUCCUAAAGUUUAGUCAGAAUCUCAUUUCUUGUAAUUCAAAACCAUUGGUUUGGCACCUGCCCUCAGAGAAGCAGAAAAUAAGUUUGCUCCAUCUUCCAAGUAUUCUUUAAGAUUCUCUUCUCUGGUGCAACUAGGCUUUUAUUCCUUUCCCCCAUCCUACAAUGAAUGGAUCUGAAUGAUGAAUGACUUUAAAGUGUGUUUCGAGCAGGAGUUAAGCGCAAUAAAUAAAUUUGUCAUCCACAUCAUCUGUGGCUGUGACAUUUUGGGCCUUGCCGCAUUAUCAAGUGUGCCCAGUUAUACUGAAUUGGGGGACCCCCUUAAGAGAUGGAACCCUCCGAAUCUUGCUCUUCAAGGUAAAUUACAUACACAGGCCUCCUGGCCUCACUUGAAACACUUGCCUGCCCAUCUGCGCCAGCUUGAGUCCCAAAGGAAUUCACACUAGGUGAACGUUACCAUGGGAAUCUUGAUCAGUGGCAAUGUACUACCUUAAAUCUAAAAUAUGAACAGCUUGUUUUAUCAUAGAAUCAUACAGUUUGAUUUGUUUUAGGAAUAUUUAUUAGGAAGUGUGCUGGAACCGUUCAGCAAAUUGCUUUCCAACGGCUUACAGAAGUAAGCCAUUGCUAUUCCCUCACCCCAGUCUCCAUUCAUCCUCCAUCCAAGCAAGCGGGAGCCAUGAUCAGAGUUCAAGGACCUACACCAGUGGGAGCACAGAGGGAGAGGCCUGGGGAAAAUGUCUGAGAGCCAAACAACUGUGGAGGGAAGCAUUCAGCCAUCAGGCUCCCCGGUCCUAUUACAGACCAGGACCAAUCCUGAGAAACUUCUAGUUUUCGGCAGGGACAAGCCCCUUGUCCCAAUUUUUGGCAGCACAUUUUAAAAAUUAGUUGUAGUACAGUGGUACCUUGGUUCUCAAACGCCUUGGUACUCAAGCAACUUGGAACCCAAACACUGCAAACCCAGAAGUAAGUGUUCCGGUUUGUAAACUUUCUUCAGAAGCCAAACAUGCUCCAUUUUAAGUGUUACGCUUCCAUUUGGAGUGUUACGCUGAGGUCUGUCUGUUUUUGCUAUUUAUUUUGCGUUUUUGUGGCUCUUUCUGUGUGUGAGAGAGACUGUGUGGAACCCAGUUCGGCUACUGAUUGAUUGUGUGACUGCAGUACAUUGUUUAUUGCUUUCAUUUUAUGGAUCAACGGUCUUGUUAGAUAGUAAAAUUCAUGUUAAAUUGCUCUUUUAGGGGUUGUUUUUAAAAGUCCAGAACGGAUUAAUCCGUUCUGCAUUACUUUCUAUGGGAAAGUGUGCCUUGGUUUUGGAACACUUUGGUUUUGGAACAGACUUCCGGAACAGAUUAAGUUUGAGAACCAAGGUACCACUGUACUUUAUUAGCCACCAUGGCUAGUAGCCAUUGGUGCAACGUUCCAGUGUCAGAAUACCAACUGCUGGGAAUUGCAGGUGGGCAGCCGGAGGCAGCAAUGUUCUGAAUACUGCUUGCUAGAAACCACAGGGGGGGGGGGGCGUGCAUUUGUGCUCCGGCCCUGCUUGAGAAUUUUCUACAUAUGUUUGGUUGGUAGCUGUGUGAGAACAGGAUGCUGGACUAGGUGAGCCUUUGCCCUGAUCCAGCAGUCUCUGCUGAGGUUCUUAUGUUUAAACGUUUUGAAUUCUCUUAAUUGCAGAACCCAUUAUUUAUCGAUUUGACUGAUGAAGGAGAUGACAGCAACAAAGGUGAGGAAAGUGCGUGCUUUCAUAUCCAUGUUAAUGUAUUGGCAAUGUUUGAAAUGUGUAAAUGACUUUUCCACACGCAGUGCCCAGAACUAAAUGGGAAAUGUAAAACUACAUAAGCAAUAUCUUGCGGAGCAGCAGUAUAGCCCUGCAUUUAAUUGAUACAUAUAUACUUUAGUUUUUUGGUGAGCUGAAGCUGUUGCUGUGGUGAAAUAUGACUGGCACUAUUGGUUUCCUGCCUUUGUUGUUGUUGCUGCAAUGGUGGACUUGAACAUACAGCUGAUUCUGCUAAGUAGUAGUAAUAAUUUUAUUAUUUGUACUGCAUCCUUCUGAUGCGGGUGGCGCUGUGGUCUAAACCAUUGAGCCUCUUGGGCUUGCCGAUCAGAAGGUCGGUGGUUUGAAUCCCCUUGACAGGGUGAGCUCCCGCAGUUCAAAAGCACGUCAAAGUGCAAGUAGAUAAAUAGGUACUGCUCCGGCGGGAAGGUAAACAGCGUUUCCAUGCACUGCUCUGGUUCACCAGAAGCGGCUUAGUCAUGCUGGCCACAUGACCCGGAAGAUGUUCACCGGCUCCCUCGGCCAGUAAAGCGAGAUCAGCGCCGCAACCUCAGAGUCGUUUGCGACUGGACCCUAGCGAUCAAGGGUCCCUUUACCUACUUUAUCUGACUGAGUUACCCCAGCCACUCUGGGCAGCUUCCAACAUAAAUAAAAACACAGUGAAACAUCAAACAUUAAAAGUUUCCCAGUACAGGGCUGCCUUCAGACAUCUUCUAAGAUUGUAUAGUUAUUCAUCUCCUUGACAUCUGACGGGAGGGCAUCCCACAGAGUGGGUGCCACUACUGAGAAGGCCCUCUUUCUGGUUCCCUGUAAGCUCUCAGUGAGGGAACUGCCAGAAGACCCUCGGAGCCGGGACCUCAGGGUCCGAGCUGAACAAUGGGGGUGGAGACGCUCCUUCAGGUACACAGGACUAAGGCCCAUGUAUGUUAUACAGCUGGCUGGGGGCUGAUGGGAGUUGUAGUCAGACAACACCUGGAGGGCACCAAGUUGAGGACAGCUGCUGUAUAUGCUUGGUGCCAGCAAUAGUUAAAAUGCUUCAUUUUGUAGGAGUUGGUAAAGAAAAAAAGUAUUGCAAAGAAAACCCUUUUUUAUAUAUAUAACAUUUUAUUGAUUUUCCAAAAAUAACCAAAAUAAAAAACAAUGCAAAAACAAAACAAAACAAAACAAAUUGACUUCCCUCUAAUCCCUUCCUUGGUUCUAUUAUUAAGAUACUGCAUGUCCAUUGUUAAAUUUGUAACCUAUUUAAAUCACCUUCAUAAUAAAUUACAAGUAAUCUUAAAACCCUGCUAAUGUAUUAACCUGUGUACUAACCUGUGUACAUCGCAACUGUAUACAGUGGUACCUCUGAGUACGUACUUAAUUCAUUCCAGAGGUCUGUUCUUAACCCGAAGCACCAGUUUAACUAAUGGGGCCUCCUGCUGCUGCCGCGCCGCCGCCGCGCGAUUUCUGUUCUCAUCCUGAAGCAAAGUUCUUAACCCGAGGUGCUAUUUCUGGGUUAGUGGAGUCUGUAACCUGAAGCAUUUGUAACCCGAGCUACCACUGUAUAUGCAAUAAACAUCUUCCAUUCUUCCUUAAAUUCAUUAUUAUCUCUUCCUCUUAAUGUCAUUGUCAAUUUUGCCAUUUCAGCGUAUUCCAUUAGUUUAAUUUGCCAGUCUUCUUUAGAUGGGACACCUUCUUCUUUCCAAUAUUGUGCUACUAAGAAAACCGAUUCACCCGUAGAAAGCCUGGUCCUAAAUCAUCCUCAGCCUGUGCUGCAAACAUCAAAUGAGGUAGCUAAAUGAUUUAUUCAUUCAUUCAUUCAUUCAUUCAUUCUUAAGGGUAUUUGGGGUGUAAAGGGAGGAGUAGUACCUCCAGUGGGGGGCAUGCUGUACUCCUUCUGGAUUGUUCAGGGUCGUUUGUGCUGUAGAUGGAAGUGAGGGGCAGAUGGGGUUUGUCAGCCUGCGAAGGAGAACUCUGAUACUAAACCUCCACUGCCUUGUGGGGUAUCUUCGGGGGGAAGAAAAGGCUAAGGAGUAAACCCUUCAUAAAUCUGGAGUGGAGUCCCUAAGACAGUUGGAUGGUGCUUUGUAUGCCUCCUUCCAGCAACUCCUGCAGCCAACGUCUUGCUCUGCUUUCCUUUGGACAACAUCAGUGAGGCUAAGAGGGGGAUCUUGUCGUCUGAGCAGCCCAGGACCUCCAUACACACUGCUCAGGCUUGUGCACUGUGCAGGGUCACUUUGAUGCUGUUAACGCAGGAUUAACAAAAUGGGAGGCAGCAGUUGUGCGUGAAUGGUCUCUGCAACCACAGCAGGCGCUGUGAUUCUCCAGCAGUUUGACUUCACCCCUGAAAAUGCACUCCAUUGUCUCUCGAGAUAGACUGGGGCCCGCGAUACUAAUUCUUAAUGGCACUAAUGCCUUUUUCCCAGCCCUGGUGGUGCCCAUGAGUCUCAGAGGAUAGCCUGAAGGCAUCUGAAGCAGUCCCACUUUACUCCCAGGUAGGUGUGCAUAGAAUGGAGAAGGAUGAGAGCUCCGUGGGAGAGCAUCUCCUUUGCACAUACAGUGGUGCCUCGGGUUACAGAUGCUUCAGGUUACAGACUCCGCUAACCCAGAAAGAGUACUUCGGGUUAAGAACUUUGCUUCAGGAUGAGAACAGAAACCGCGCGGUGGCAGCGGGAGGCCCCAUUAGCUAAAGUGGUACCUCAGGUUAAGAACAGUUUCAGGUUAAGAACGGACCUCCAGAACGAAUUAAGUUCUUAACCCAAGGUACCACUGUAGAUGCAUUGGUCCCAGUCUCUGGAAGUGCGAUUCAGGGGGCAGCAGCCCUGUGGCAGAGCAUCCAUUUCACAUGCAAAAGUUCCCAGGUUCAGUCACUGGCAUCUCCAGUUAAGAGUUGGGUAGCGAGCAAUGGGAAAGAUCGGUCAUUGAUUGUUUCCUAUUUAAUAAAAUAUAUGGACCUCUUCUCAGUUUGUAAAAUCUCAAAGGGUUCACAGUAUAUACAACCUUUGCUAAAAUUACUUCAGAACAUAAGGACCCUGCUGAAUUAGGCCAGUGACGCAUCUAGUCCAGCAUCCUGUUUUCACAGUGGCCAGCCUGGUGCUUGUGCGAAACCCACAUGCAGAUGGGAUCACUGCGAUCCAGUGGUACUUUUUUUCCUCCAGGCUACACUUUCAGAAUAAAAACUUGCUCGCACGACACCAACAUUUUGAUUGAAAAGAAAUGCAUUGGAAAGAACAACUAGGAUUGUCUUCAGUAUAUCAUUUGAUGCUCUUGGUUCUCAUUUUGAAAAGAUACCUAUCCACAUUCUGUUAAAAAAUAACCCACUAUAGUAUGCUAAACUAUACGGAAAUGAUUAAAUUAUUCUUGGAUCAUACUUGAAUCUUCCCGCCACACUUGCCAUCCUCUCCUGCCACAUGGUUGGAGAUCCGCUGGUAAUAGCCGUGGAUAGCGUCUUGUCCUCCAUUAAAAACAGCAUAAUAAUUGUAAUAGGAAUUUAUAAAAAUAAACUGCAGCAGACAGAGCUAAACCAUCUUCAGUAUUGACAGGUGAAGAACACCAAGGUAAACUGGGAGCUGUUGGUAGAAGCACUCCCCCACCCCCGGUGUGUGCCUAGUCUCCACAGGGGUCUCAUUCUGCAAAGCAGGAAACAGCCCUGCUCCUCAUCCCAACCAGCCGUAUUUCUGUAUAGCCAGGAGAGACCCACCUGCAAACCUCAGGAACCUCCUCUGCCCAAGACCCUGCAGAGCCGCUGCCAGUCAGAGUAGGUGUCGCUGAGCUUAGAUGGACAAAUAAGCUGGCGCAGAAUUAAGACAGUUUCCAAUCAGGUGGGUAGGUACACCACUUUGCUGGCAUUAAACUCUGCUGUUAAGGAGGGUCUCCCCCCCCCUUGCCCCCAACAGUGAGUCCCAACACCGUAUCUGAUUUCAGCACACAGUCGGAUCUGAAAUAUCAACAAGAAUUUGUCAGGCACUGAUGACAGAGGAGCAGUCCACCCAAGCCAUACCGAAGGAUGAGCUUCAUCCUCUUAGCCACUAGAGGGCCAUCUUGUAAUAUAAGCUGCACAUCUCUUAGCCCCAGCGACAGGAAUGCUACAGCGCUUGGCUUUUCUUCAGUUCAGGGUUUCCCAAACUUGGGUCUCCAGCUGUUUUCGGACUACACUCCAUCUUCCCUGACCACUGGUCCUGCUAGCUAGUGGUGAUGGGAUUUGUAGUGUAAAAACAGCUGGAGACCUAAGUUUGGGAAACUGCUUUUAGCUCAAGGCUGGGAAACCACAUGUAGUUGGACUCCAGAUCCCAUCAGCACAGCCAGUGGUCAUGGAUGGUGGGAGCAGUAGUUCGAGAACAGCUGAACGGACACAGGUUUCGCACACCUGAUGUAAUUGGGGCUCCCAGAUCACAAUAACGCCAGUUUGGCAACACAGGGAGCAUGACUCAAGCAUGCUCUGUGGAGAGAGGGGUUUCGCUUUGAACGUUGUCUCUUAAUAGUUUUGCGUUAAAGAGAAGUUUAGGUGUGGGAAGACAGGGAGCGUCAAGCUAGUUGUGAGUGUCUUUUCCUGCUAUGCCAGAGUCGGGGGCUUUUUAGAAAAUUUUGAACUAGGGAAAAAAUGCAGUGAUUUGCCUUUACCAAGCUUGUGAAAUGGCAAAGCUUGCCUGAUGUUUAUCUGCAACCCGCAUCCAUUCAUUGUGUACUAAUGCACCUUGGUGGCGGCGGAGAAUAAUGCGUAUAAGAUUAUGAUACUGCAAAGUAAGAGCAGUGACAGACCAUAGCAACAAGAAUCCGCAGUUCAGUGGCCAAAGAAACCUUUUUUUUAUUUUUAACCUCCCUUGCAAGCCUGAGCUCAUUCUGAGCUUUAGCCAGCCUGAUGUUCACCGCGCAACUUUCGGCCACUCAUGUUUACUCCUCCUUUGUGAUUUCCCCUUUCCUCAAUUUUGUAUGCAUCCCCUUCUUAAAUCUCGGCUCAUCUGUAAAUUCCUUAUGCAGCCCCACUGGUUUCUGCAGAUGCCCACUUUCCUUUCCUGUUGGAAUUGUCUGCAUUUGUGCCUUCAGUAUUUCACCGUUAAGAAUUCUAGGAAGGAAAACAGCAUGUGUUUCAUAAUGCAACAUUCCCUGUGGGAUUCUUGUUGCUGUAGCCACUUAACAAAUAAUGAUUUUUCUCAUGGAGACAUGCUGAUCUGCUAAGUGUCCGGCAGCUUGCAGGGGGUGGUGUUGGACAUGCUCCAUGCCUAAGCUGGUGAUUUAGCUUUGCAUGUGGUCUUGAUUAUUAGUCUUAUUUCAUAAAAUUUCUGUACUGCUUGGUUGUAGAAAAAACCCCUCAAAGUGGUGGCAGGUGGGUGAGCAAUUGGAAAUGUAAAUUUACAUUGUUGUGAUUUUGCUUGUUUGCUGCAUGACAGAUUUGCUUAAUUGUUUGCUGGUUCUAUUUAUAGGAUUUUGUAAUUUUUGUAUAUCUUCCUCCAUUUAUUUCUGUUACUUUGUUUCCUGCUCUGGGGGUGAAAGCAUCCGAUGAAGAGCUUGCUAUUAAUACUUUAAAUGAGUAAUAUAUAAGCAAUGCAAGCAAGGGGAGUAGCCUCAUUUUUUGUGCGUGAGAGGGUUGUUGCCAGUUCCAGUCCUACACAGAGUAGACCCAUUGAAAUUAAUGGAACCACUUUAGUCAUGACCAUUAAUUUCAGUGGGCCUACUCUUAAGUGGGAUAGCCUGUACUUCCUUUCUCUACACGGAAGUCCCUUUAGUCAGACAUGUAAAUGGUUGAGCUGAAAUGGAUUGUUCCGGCCCUUUUUAGCCGCCCUGUUAACCGAAGCUCCUGCUUUCCCCACAGGUCCCUGAAGCGUUUCGGCACCUCCCUCCGUUACCGCAGGUUGAGCAGCAGCUGGAGAGCCUGUCCAGAUUCAGAUAUACCCGUCCACCUCAAAAGCUGCACCUCGCUGUGGUUCAGGUGGAGAAGCCCAAAGGCUUUGGCCUGCGGUGGGAGGUCAGAAAGGUGGAACCGUCGUGUGCUCCUCUAGACAGCUUCCACGUGUUCGUUUGCCUGGAGUUCGUCGGUAAAGGUGUGCCGACCAGCUGGCUUAGGGUGCCGGAAAUUAAGGCCAUGCCUCUCCCCAUGGGUUGCUCGUUAGCCCAGAUUGCUGAUUGCUCCAAGUGCUACUUUGCCAUCCAGUCAAAGGACAUUUAUGGACGUUAUGGACCCUUUAGUGACAUUCAUGCCAUUUCAAUGACGUAG